AUGAAAUUGUUGUUGUCGGUUGGGUUGAUUUGUAAGAAUGAGCAGCAAGAUGUUUUUGGGUUGCAAGAGUUGAGUAUUGAAAGUUGUGGAACGACAAUUCAUCUGGGGUAUAGAAGGGCAUUAGCAUCUGGGCUUUUGAUUUCGUCUUUCCUCUUUUCAAUUUCUGCUGCUGAAAAUUUUCCCAGAUGCGAUUGCAACGAGGAAGGGUUUUGGAACGUCGAGAACAUUCUGGAAUGUCAAAAAGUGAGCGAUUUCUUGAUCGCAGUGGCCUAUUUCUCCAUCCCAAUCGAGCUUCUCUACUUCGUUAGCUGUUCAAACGUUCCCUUCAAAUGGGUUCUUUUCCAAUUUAUUGCUUUCAUAGUUCUCUGUGGGAUGACCCAUUUGCUCAAUGGCUGGACUUAUGGCCCUCACCCAUUUCAGCUAAUGCUAGCCCUCACCAUUUUCAAAUUCCUUACUGCCCUCGUCUCCUUUGCCACUGCUAUAACACUAAUUACUCUUAUCCCUUUGCUUCUGAAAGUGAAGGUGAGAGAGUUUAUGCUGAAGAAGAAGACUUGGGAUCUUGGCAGAGAGGUUGGGAUUAUCAAGAAGCAGAAGGAAGCUGGGUGGCACGUCCGAAUGCUCACCCAAGAGAUCAGAAAGUCUUUAGAUCGUCAUACAAUUCUCUACACUACUCUGGUUGAACUAUUUGCAGAAUUGUGCUGUUGGAUGCCUAAUGAAGCUAAAACUGAGAUGAACCUAACCCAUGAACUGAAAGGGAGAAAUGCCCUGAAUUUGCAGAGCUCUUCGAUCCCGAUUACUGAUCCAGAUGUUAGAGAAAUUAAAGGGAGUACUGGGGUGAAGAUCCUAGGCCCUGACUCUGCACUAGCUAUUGCUAGCAGCAGAGGGUCUAUUGAGCCCGGUGCUGUGGCAGCUAUUCGAAUGCCAAUGCUUAGGGUUUGUAAUUUUAAAGGUGGAACUCCUGAGAUGAUUCAGACCUGUUAUGCUAUACUUGUUUUGGUUCUUCCUGGUGGGCUAGGUAGAAACUGGAGCCAUCAGGAACUGGAGAUAGUAAAGGACGCAAUGAUGGCAAGCCAGGCAAGAAACGCAUUUCAGAAAGUAAUGAGCGAUGGAAUGAGAAGGCCAAUGCAUUCAAUUUUGGGAUUGCUUUCGGUGAUGCAAGAUGAGAAUUUGAAUGGCCAUCAAAGGAUUCUUGUGGAUGCAAUGGUUAAGACCAGUAAUGUGCUUUCCAAUUUGAUAAAUGAUGUGAUGGAUAUUUCCAGCAAGGAUAGUGGUAGGUUCCUGCUAGAGGCGCGGUCCUUUGGACUACAUUCUAUGGUUAAGGAAGCUGCUUGUGUUGCCAAGUGCCUUUGUAUUUAUAAUGGUUAUGAUUUUGUAGUUGAAGUUGAUAAAUCUUUGCCUGAGCAAGUUGUGGGAGAUGAGAGAAGGAGGUGGGUGUGUAAGAUUUCGGUUUGUUUGGAGAGUGAAAGUCAGGGAAGGAAUGAUCCAAGAUGGGCGACAUGGAGAGCAAGCUCAUCAGACGGUUAUGCUUCUGUUAAAUUUGAAAUUGGCGUUUCCAAUCACACUUCUCAGUUUGAGGGCUCGAUACCGAGAGUAAUUUUUGGUGGUCGGAGGUACAGUGAGGAGGGCUUGAGCUUCAGUAUAUGCAGAAAGCUUGUAAAGUUAAUGCAAGGCAACAUCCGGGUUGUCCCAAACUCAGAUUGCUCCGAUCAGAGCAUGUCAUUUGUUCUUCGAUUGCAACCCUGGUCAUCCGUUGUUAUUGGAAUCUCUGAAUCAGGGGAGACCUCUGAACAUCCACCCUCCAACUCUCUCUUCAGGGGCCUUCAAGUCCUUUUGGCUGAUGACGACGAUGUUAACAGGGGAGUGACACGGAAGCUUCUACAAAAAACUUGGGUGCUCCGCUGCGAAUGCCUUAGCGCGCUUGACUCUGCUGUCUUGUCAUUCCAAAUUGUGCUUUUGGAUCUUCAGAUGCCUGACAUGGAUGGGUUUGAGGUGGCCAUGAGGAUUCGGAAGUUCCGAAGCCGCAGCUGGCCACUGAUCAUUGCUCUGACAGCAAGUGGUGAUGAAGAAGUUCGAGAAAAGUGUUCCCAAACUGGGAUGAAUGGACUUAUUAGAAAACCUGUUCUUUUACAGGGUGUAGCAGAUGAACUUCGAAGAGUACUGUUGCAGGCAAACAGAAUUGUGUGA